UAUUUACCAGUCAGUGUUCAAAGUAGACCACCAGGGUGGAGAGCACACAUCAUCGGGAUUAUUUGGAGCUUCCAAAUGGCGUUCCUUUGAAUUCCUUCCUCUACAGUGAUUUGAUUUUAGUGUCAGAUUUUAGGUGUUUUCCUCUAAACUGGAACUUUUUUCUGGUGUGAAUGUUGAAGCAAAUUGUGGACCCUCAGAAGCGAGGAAGUGAGGUCCUAACAAUGUGGAUCCCGACACCCAGCAUGACUCUCCCACAGCGGAUGGUGCUGUACGGGACGUGUGCGGUGGCACUGGUGAACUCUGUGGGCCUCCUUGUACUCAUGGUCCAGCAGAAUCAGCAGCGUGCAUGGCUGGAGCAGACAGAAGCGAGGCUCACAGAGGUGGAACAGAGCUCCGUGGUGGAGUUUUUCCAGGAGCUGCCAAGAGGAGCCGCUGGACUCAGAGCGGGCCCCGGGGACUAUUCCCAAUCCCAGCAGUACUCCAGGAACAAGAGGAGCGAGGGGCUGGAGAAGGAUCUGCAGCAGGAGCAUCGACGUGAAGAAGAAAAGGAGCUCCAGCUGAAGGAGGCCAGCCAAGAAGUUCUGGAGGAAAAAGUGGAACUAAAACAUGAUUUGAAGCAAAAGCAUCGACACAGCCACCAUUACAAAACACAGGAUGAAAUGAUGAUGAUGAUGACUUACUCCAUGGUGCCGAUCAAAUUGUUAAUUGACAUCUGUAACAGCACCAAAGGAGUUUGCCUUGCUGGACCACCAGGACCGCCAGGCUUGCCCGGAUUGCCAGGCCACAAUGGCACUGAUGGCAUUCCAGGACUGAAUGGAUCGCCUGGAGCUGAUGGAAAGAGAGGGAAAAAGGGACCUCCAGGUGAAAAAGGAGAGCCAGGGGAAAAAGGAGAGCAAGGAGAGCCUGGACCACCAGGAGAGGCGCAUGAAGCGUCCAAUGAUGUCAUUAUUGAGGGGCCACCUGGUCCCCCUGGCCCUCCAGGACCCCCUGGGCCUAUGGGACCUCCUGGGCCUCAAGGGCCGCCCAGGACGAGGCAGCACAGAGCUCACCUGCAGACCGCCCACACUAUUGGGUUGAUGCAUUCAGUACCAAACGAUGAAACCUUGACUGUGAAAGAGGCUUUGAAACAACAGGGAAACCCUGCUAAGAAGAAUGAAUGCCUCAUUAAGUCUCUGAUAAAUCCCAGAAAUGUGGCAAAGAUGGAGACCACAUUUGGCACUUGGAUGAAAGACAGCGCUCACCCGAAUGAUGAGAGAAUAUGGGUGGCAGAACACUUCUCAGGCCGUUUGGUGAAAGAGUACCAAAGCAUGGCUGCUUUCCACAACAACAGCAGUGAGAUGGUGGAUGUUAAAAAGUUUUACCAAGGCUGUGGUCACACCGUCCACAAUGGCUCUUUCUAUUAUCAUAUAGCUGGGACUUCUACUAUCGCCAGAUUUGACUUCAGAACCAGGAGGCUUCACACUCUCUUUAUAGACAACGCCUUGUUCAACAACCUUUCAUAUCUGCUGACCAACUCUAAGACCUAUUUCAAACUGGCAGCAGAUGAAAAUGGCCUGUGGUUGAUAUUUGCCUCCAGAGUAGAUGAGAGCAUCAUGGUAGCCCAGCUGGACCAGAAGACCUUCUCCGUCACGUCCUACAUCAACACCACCUACCCCCGCGCCAAGGCCGGCAAUGCUUUCAUCGCCUGUGGUGUGCUGUACGUCACAGACAUCAAGGACGCUAGAGUCACCUUUGCUUUUGACUUGCUGAAGGGAAAGGCAGUCAAUAUGACAUUUGACUUAAGGUCUGCAGAGGGAGUUUUGGCUAUGCUCUCCUACAGCCCGAAGGACAGGCACCUGUAUGUGUGGGACCACAGCUACGUCAGGCUCUAUGUGGUCCAUUACAUCUCGGAUGAGUGAUAAUGACAGAGACACAACUAUUACAUCAUGCGCUUGAAGCAAAUCCCCUGUUGACAAGCCAUGCACUAUAUUUAGAAGAACAUUUCCUUUGUAAACUUUACUCUUUAUUAUCUUAAAGGAACCUUCAGUCCAAAUAAGUCUGAAUAUAGGUUUCUAAGCAGUGAGCUGACAUUAGGUCAUUAUAUUUCUGCAUUACUUGUAUACAUUCAAAGUUUGCUUUUACUGUUACUAACAGAUUGAAUGCUUAUAUUUUUAUUUUCCCCAUGCAAAUCUCAACUACUCUGCAAUAUCCAUCUUUAAUGUUGCAAGGAUUAACUUUUGCUCAAGUAAGACAAUGAAGAGACUGGGAUCUUUUAAAGUAAGAAUGUGACUUUAGUUCCCAUUUAACAGUAAGAAAAACCUGGAAAACGCUCCUGGUUACAAAGUGAACCUAUAAUCUAGUUUGUAUUGUUUAGUGAUUGCAUGCGCAUCCCUUUUCUUGAAGAAAGCUGUAACUCCCUCCCCGAAAUUGUUCAUGUUACUGGCAAAUGUAGGUUUUUCCAAGUCAUCUUUGGGUUUUACAAAAACCGACUCAACCAGAGUUCGGACUUUAGUCUUAUGGAGAACCUGUAGACGGAGCUAAAGCUUAAGGUGAUGGCAAAGAGGCCUUGUAAACUGAAAGGCAAGGAGAUCAUCACUGAAUUAUAAUUAAUCCAAAAAAAUGCAACAUUGCCGAGCUCCUUUAAGGUCGGUUGAUCUAUCAAGAGGCUCCUAUUCCAUUUACUGACACAAAAAAAAAACGUAGGCAGCACAUUCAAAUAUUCCGACAUCUGCCAGUGGUAUGAAUGAUUCUGGCCUUAAUGUACGUUUCGAUGUUUUUACCCUUUACCAAUCUGUGACGAAGCUGCAGGAUUGCCAAUUAUCCACGUCCACAAAAACAAAAGAAACAAGAAAAGUAAACCUGAUGAAAUAAAAAUCAUUUAUUCACUUUACAUAGGU